CAUCUCCUUCUCUCCCACACGUUUGUCCUUCCUGCACUUUGAGGGCCUGCGGAUCUCUCCGCAGCAGUCUCUGCGCCCGGUUCAUCUUCUAAGCAACCGACUGGCUGAUCUCUCCACCAAGGGGCUCUUUCAGCGCGUCUCUGGGCGAUUCUAGACCGUCGUUAGUCCAAUGUGCCACCUGUGACGCCCGCUCCUGACUUAUUCGACGGCUCCUUUCCCCAUUCAACCGUCUUUCUUUUAGUUAUACAUUCAAGGUUCCAGACCUUGCACUGCAGCCAGCAUGAGGGUUUCUUUGCUGGCGUGGUCCCUUCUCUCUCUCGUCUCUAUUCCGACCUUAGCCGCCCCAUCUAAUGAUGUCUCUCCGAGCCAUCACCUCGUAAAGAGAGACGGGCCUUCCGACGCGAAGUCGGAGUUACAGUCAACCACCUUCAAUGGCAUCGAGGUUCCGCCGAUUAAGGCCUUGGGACCUGAUAACUUUGAGGAAACGGUCAAGGACGGUUACUGGUUUGUGAAACAAUACUCUCCAUCAUGCCCGCACUGCCAAAAGAUCGCUCCUACAUGGCAGACCUUGUAUGAAUAUUACUACACUUCCAACCCUUUGUCUUCGUCAUCGUCCAAGUCGCCCGAUACCGAUUCCUUGAACUCUUUCCAUGGCUUCUAUAACUUCCACUUUGCGGAGAUGAACUGUCUUGCGCAUGGCGAUCUCUGCCGGAAACUUGACGUCAAGUAUUUCCCCACGUUUGCCCUAUACCACAACGGUGAACUGGUUGAGCAGUACACUGGAAAGAAAAGUAUGGAAGGGCUCAGCGAAUAUGUUGAGGACAAGCUGGAGCAGAUCAAGCCUGGGUCUCGGCCUGCGCAAGGCCUGAAUCUUCCCAAGCCGGGCGACAAGGGGGUGGAUACCAAGGCUGAGCCGGACACCCCUGUUGCUAAGGAUAAGGAUCGUGAGGCGGGUGCCAAGGCUGGAGAGAAACACAACGAGCAGGCUGCGCAACUGACCGUCGAAGAUGAACCCGCUGAUAAGACGUCAUCCAAAUCUAAGCCCAAAGCGAAGCCGGCCCCCGCAAACCCUCAGGGUAUUUCUGUCCCCCUCACCGCGGAAAGCUUCCAGAAGCUUGUCACUACCACUCGAGACCCUUGGUUCAUCAAGUUCUAUGCGCCAUGGUGCCACCACUGUCAGGCAUUGGCUCCUAACUGGAGGGAAAUGGCCAAGGAGAUGCAAGGUGUUCUCAACGUUGGAGAGGUGAACUGUGAUGUGGAAUCCCGGCUUUGCAAAGAUGCCCGAGUUAGCGCCUUCCCGACGAUGUAUUUCUUCCGUGGCGGUGAAAGAGUUGAAUAUACUGGUCUGCGUGGCCUCGGAGAUCUAAUCAGCUAUGCCAAGACGGCUGUUGAUGUGGGAUCCGGUGUUCAGGAUGUCGAUGCCACCACUUUCAAGGAGUUGGAAGAGAAAGAAGACGUCAUCUUCCUGUACUUUUAUGAUCACGCGACCACCUCGGAAGACUUUGAAGCUCUGGAGCGUCUGACCCUUAGCUUGGUCGGCCAUGCUAGGCUUGUCAAAACGAACAGCGCUGCUCUUGCUGAAAGGUUCAAGAUCUCGACCUGGCCACGCCUUCUUGUGUCCCGGGAUAGCCGUCCCAGUUACUAUAAUGCGCUUGCUCCGAAGGACAUGCGAGACUUUCGCCAGAUUCUGAACUGGAUGCGCACUGUGUGGCUGCCCAUUGUUCCCGAACUCACCGCCUCCAACGCACAGGAGAUCAUGGACGGCAAGUACGUGGUUCUUGGUAUUCUGAGUCGAAAGCACUCAGAUGAGUUUUUGCAAUCCAAGAGGGAGCUCAAGAAUGCUGCCCUCGAAUGGAUGGACAAGCAGACGCAGCUGUUCCAGUUGGAGCGUGCAGAGCUGCGCGAUGCCAAGCAGCUGCGGAUCGAGGAGGCCGAAGACCGUAACGACCAGCGUGCCCUACGUGCAGCCAAGAACAUGCGCAUCACCAUCCGUGAAGAUGACAAGAAACAGGUCGGUUUCGCUUGGAUCGAUGGUGAUUUCUGGGAGCGGUGGCUGAGAACCACUUAUGGUAUCGAUGUCGAGAAUGGCGAACGCGUGAUUAUCAAUGACCAAGAUAACCGACGCUAUUGGGAUACGUCUUCCAGCGGGGCAUCCAUCAUGGCCUCCCGGACUUCUAUCCUUGAGACCAUUCCCUUGGUCAUCGCAAACCCACCGAAGCUUACACCGAAGUCCACCGUGGGUACCUUCGAGUCUGUCUUCUUCUUCACUCGGUCUUUCAUCAGUGGUCACCCGAUAAUUUUCUUCAUCCUACUGACCCUCUCGGUUGCUGGAGCCACAUUCCUGGCCCGGGGAAGAGCUGCUAGACGUGGGGGCCGUGGCGGCAUUCUCGGCGUCACUGGUAACACUGGCGGUGGUUUCUUCAAUCUUGAUGGAAAGGAAGGUCUUCUGAAUGGUGGUUCGACGGGCAAGGUAGAUUGAGUCUGUUAGGGGUAUUGUACAGUUACAUCAUUUAUAUUUCUUCCUCGCCCCUAAUUUCGUGUCUAUCUUCAACUUUUAUUGGUUUGUUUUACAUUCACCAGAGUCUGGUUUCUUGAUACGACGGCUCUCUCUUAUCCUUUCUUCUGUUUUCCUCUUUCGAGUGGUGUUAGAAACAGGCCUUGCUGUACACAAUCUACUUUGAUCCUUCCAUUCUCCCCUGUCAACCAUACGCAGAAGAGAAAAAAGUGUGCUUAACGUGUCGGUACUUUCUUAGGGCUUGGACUCGCAAGCUUGCAUUGCGGGUUACUGUCGGCUUUACUACUGUAGUCCAACUGCUACUGAUGAACUUUAUCAGAAACACUACGCUGAUUGUAUGAUAUAGCAGUAGCUUAAUUCUCGG